UGCUUCUGGCCUUACCUUCAGUGGCAGCUUCUGAGUUUUAAAAUAGAGGAGGCACACUAAUUGUAUUGGUCUGGGAUCCCUGCCGAUUAUUAUUAUUUACUUAACUGCCUUAAAAUGGCUUUUUGGUUGCUUUUAGUCAGAAAAUGUAAAGAAAACGACACACAUACAACAAUAUAAUAUAAUUUCACUUACCUGGUCUAUCACUUGGAGCAAACAUCCAUCCCAUCUUAAAAGUCUGUGUUAAAAGAGAGCUGCCUGUUAAGCCGACUGCUGUAUUCUAUAUCCAGCUUAGGCGUGUUUUGCCUUUUUUAAAUUUGUAUAUAUACUGUUUGAAUGACAGCUUGGAAAAUCUGUUGGCGAUCAAAUAUUCAAUAUCGCUGCUCAUCAUAAGUAAUUAGUGCCUUAUCAGUGCAGCGCGAGACGUUCAAACUAAUAUCACGUAAUUUAUGUCUCUAUGAUGAUUGGUUGAUAUCAGAAGGGAGGUUAGCCUCCUUUACGAGGUUUCUUUUCUCAACACUUCUCAGCACUGAAAGUGAACACUCAGUGCUGAUUGGCUAUUUUUUUUAUCAACUGAGUCACGAGAGGUCAACUCUCCCCCUGCCUCCCCCUCCCCUUCUCUAUCACCUAGCGGUUGUAAUUACAUCAGCAGAUUCAGCACAUUCGCAAUAGAAAUGCAGCAUUUUCCAACUUCAUUAACAUUUUAUGGUAUUACAACUGUGAAAUUACAAACAAACAAUACACAUUCUGAGAUAUGUAAUGAAAUUAAUUGUGAAUUUUAUUAACAUUAAAUAGUCCUCCUCCCAUUUUCACCCCAAAAUUUUGGGGAGGCUGAGCCGCAACUGCUUACCUUUAUUUCUCUAUCAUCUAUGUUUGGAAUAUUAACAUACUGCAUGCUGCCUACGAUAAAUGUUUUAAACAAUAGUACUGUGUAGGCUACAAUGCAUUGCUGAUUAAUUCAGAUUUAGUAAAUGUAGUUAAUUAUGUUGCCGGUCCAAGCAAACAAUAAAGUAAAGAAAGACAGGUUAAUUAUUUAAUUUAGGUAUUGUAGUACUCCGAGCAGUGUGCUUUGCUUAUACAGUAUACUGCACAUUUUUGCCAAUGAAGUAGCUCAUCUGGGUAUUUCAUGCACACAGAAAAUUUGCAUACUGCCUACUGUAAAAAUGGUGUUGCAGUAUUCUAUUCUAAAUAUGUCUAACCAGAGUCUAGAUAGGGCUAUUCAGAUUCGAUUCUGGUUGAAUAGGCCUGGUCUAGACAUAAGAAGCAAAUGGACUUACAAAACAUUGUUGAAAGCUCCAGAACUGAUAUUAAAUUGAAAGGUUUUUGCAAUCUCUUUUGAAUGUGAAUGCCCACCACAUUCAUAAACACUGAUAAAAGUAAAUAAAACAUUCAUUAUACAGUAUAGCCUACAAAAAAACCCUGACUUUAAAAACAUUAUUGAAUUUUUCUUUCUGCAGAAAUAAAAUACUCAUUUUGUUUGAGGUGUCUUAUAUUAAAUAUAUAUCACUUUAUAUUGCAUUUGCAAAUAUUUUCCUUUUCAUUCUCUUUUUUUGUCUUUUGUCAUCCUGCUGAGAAAAAAAAAAACAUUCUCCAAAUGCUUCAGCCAUUUUAAUUCCAUGUGAGAACACAAGACGUGUGUGGCUACAUGAUAGUGAGACGACAUUUUAUUAUGCUAAUAUGGAUAAUACACCAACAGUACUGAAAUAUGCUAAUUAUGCAUAAUUUGGGAAUUUGAAUCAACUUGCUAUGCAGAGCAGAUCUUCUAUUAGUCCUCUUUUCGAUUCUAAUUAAUUUUUAAGCAAAUAAGGCUUAAUCAAUUGUUAAUCUUGAAUGUGUGAGAUGAAGGUGCCUGGAGCACUCGUACCUGCCGCUGUAGAGAGACGUUAUUAUAGAGCUUUGCUUAAUUAGAAUAUUAAUCACAAUGUAGAUAGUGGAGAACUUUGUAAUCACAAUAUCCAGCUCUCUCAUGUCCAAUCUCUCUUUCCUUUCUCUCUCUCUCUCUCUCUCUCUCUCUCUCUCUGAAAGUCUUAAAUACAACAUGAUGUAAAUUUCAGCAAAUGACCAGGGCUGCUUUGCUUACUGGAAGACUUCCUGUGCGAAAUGGAUUCUACACCACCAAUGCUCAUGCUAGGAAUGCGUACACACCUCAGGAGAUAGUGGGGGGAAUAUCUCCGGAUGAGAUCCUGCUUCCAGAACUGCUGAAAAAGAAAGACUAUGUCAGCAAGAUCAUCGGCAAGUGGCACCUUGGGCACAGAACUCAGUACUUACCUCUGAAGCAUGGCUUUGAUGAAUGGUUUGGUUCACCCAACUGCCAUUUUGGCCCCUACAAUAACAGCGUCUGUCCCAAUAUACCUGUCUACAACAACUCCGAAAUGAAGGGAAGGUAUUACGAAGAGUUUGAGAUUAAUGUGAAAACAGGGGAAUCCAACCUCACCCAAAUUUAUUUGAAGGAAGGCUUGGACUUUAUCUCUCAGCAAGCUGUGGCCCAGCGGCCCUUCUUUCUCUACUGGGCUCCAGAUGCAACCCACGCGCCUGUCUACGCCUCAAAACGCUUCCUGGGAAAGAGCCAGAGGGGGCGUUAUGGUGAUGCAAUGAUGGAACUGGAUGACAGCAUCGGUCAGAUUCUGGCUCACCUGGUCAGUCUGGGAAUCCACAACAAAACACUGGUGUUCUUCACAUCGGAUAAUGGGGCAGCAGUGAUGUCUGGACCGCUUCAAAGCGGCAGUAACGGACCAUUCCUCUGUGGGAAGGAGACUACGUUUGAAGGCGGCAUGAGGGAACCAGCCAUUGCCUGGUGGCCUGGACGGAUCCCUGCUGGCACAGUGAGUUAUCAAUUGGGCAGUGUGAUGGAUCUCUUCACUACAAGUCUUUCUGUGGCUGGCGUUCUUCCCCCUGAUGACCGUGUCAUUGAUGGUCUCGAUUUAAGUCCUGUCCUGUUCAACAACUCACUGCUAGACAGACCCAUCUUCUAUUAUCGUGGCAACCAGCUGAUGGCAGUGCGGAUCGGGCAGUACAAGGCACACUAUUGGACCUGGAGCAACUCCUGGGAGGAAUUCAACAAGGGUAUAAACUUCUGUCCUGGCCAGGAGGUUCCUGGUGUGACCACACACACGCAAGAGGAACACACCAUGCAACCACUCAUCUUCCAUCUGGGACAGGACCCUGGGGAGAGAUACCCAAUCAGUGUGGAGUCUAAGGAGUACCGGGAUGUUCUUAGACGGGUAACCGCUGUAGUGGAGCAGCAUCAGAAGGAUUUGAUCCCUGGAAUGCCGCAGCUCAACAUGUGUGACCUGGCUGUCAUGAACUGGAGUCCUCCUGGCUGUGAGCAGUUGGGCAAAUGUCUUAAAGCCCCAGAGUCAAAUCCAUGGAAAUGUGACUGGCCACAUUAAUUUAGUUAUCCAUAAGAACUUGAUAUUGAUGUGAGACGUCUCUCAAAAUCAGAUUAAUUUUUAAAGAGUCAUGAAACCCCCCGUUUCAGCACUGGUUAGCUCUCGCCACAGUUAUAAAAAAAAGUGGUCAUGGUUCACUGAGGAGACUUUCAUUUCUCUCCCAUCGAGUUAAAAACAUAAAUACAUGCACAGCCAUUUGCACUCUGCAUCGAAAAAAUAUAUAUGAACACGCUGUUGCACCUCUGAUAACGUUAGGCUUAUUCUGCAGCGUUUAUAAUAGUCUUUUGACUUGUUGUGUCACGGAGCUGUAAAACUGGAAUCCCGUUUGUGCUGAACUCUUAUUACAAAGCAAAAACACACAUUCUCCUUCAAUCCAUGAACGUUUCUCUCAGUGAAUGUACGCGGUCUUGCAGUCUGAAGCGUCUGUCAUAGAAAAUCAACACAUGCUGUUGUGAAUAACAUAGGAUAUACUAUGUCAUCGAUGUACUAUAGUCCAUUGCAAAUUGUGACGUCAACACAAUGUAGAUUUUAAACCCGGAAGAUGAAAGUAGCGCAAAAAAGCUUAAAAUUAACCAGUUUUCUCCAACAAUUAGAACUAUCGAAUUCUAACAUUGUCUUCUAUGAUGUGGAACACAAACACCUCUGCUAAAAUCUCAGAAAGAGUAGUCUGGGGUUUCAUGACCCUUUAAGGAUUUUUAAAAUUAUAUUUGUAUUUUCUUCGUGUGACUCUCAGCAUUUUGGGAGUUUAAUUUACUUUUUUACACAGAAAAGGGAAGCAAAAUCAGAUUUUGAUAUUGAAAAGCAGUGAUUUAAAGUAGUUCUCAUUUUAGAAUAUUUCUGUGUCUAUGAAGGCAUUUAAGAAUAUAACUGAUCAUAAAAACAUAUUCUGACAGCUGCUUGGUACUCACUGGACCUCAGUUACUGUACAAUUACCAAAUCACACUGUAAUCAAUAAAUAUAUUUAUGUUAGCUAGUUUGUCUAACAAUCAGUUACACUGUUUAUUUUUUAUUUUGACUUGUACAAUACAUUUAUAUCAGUGUCAACUCUUGAUUAUUAUUAUUUUUCUUAAGGGACAAUAAAAUAUUUUUAAAACUCA